GAAAAAAUGGAUAAGCAUGUUAUUUUGACAAAUAUGACUAAUAGCUGUUCAUUUCUCAAUAGAAGUCUACAGGCUAGGACAUGUUUUUUUAAAUUUUAUCCUUAAAAAGGUCAAAUGUGAAGUAGGAUGGUCACAUUUAGACUUAUUUUAGGAAUUUUAGACUCAAAUUAUUUUUUUUGCAUUUGGUGUUUUUCAAGAAGAGUCAUUCGAGCAAUUAUACACGCAUCUGAACUCUUCUCUUCUAUUCAACGAAGUCAUGACCCCUUUGGAGACUCCUUGUAGGUUAGCUCUUAAACGCACGCACUUGCCUCCCAACAAGCAUGGUGCAUUCCUCACAUUCUGGAAAGAAAGUGUCAAGGCUAUUAAAGCCAUGAGGUGUACAUGUGCGCAUGGACUUGAGUCAGUUACAGCUGGGGAGGCCAUAUCAUUGCAUACAUGAACUAUGCAUUUCUCAGAAUCAUUUAUUAAAAAACCUUCAGAGGACCAUAAAUUUAUGAUCUCAGCAUAACAGUUUUUGAAAACAGUCGGCACCUGAGUGAUAUGGACAGCAGUGGAAAAAAUAUAUAUUUUUGACUGACUGUGAGCCUUCUGCCACCCACAUUUACACUCACUUUACUGAUAGCAGGUGUGCCUUCUUCACGCAGCUGCAGAGGUAAUCACUACUACGGCACAUACUUUAUGGCAGAAAAAGGCAAAAUCAAGAUUCUGUAAACACUGACAGGCAGCAGCAGGGGAAAGGAACCAGAAAUGCGUCUUUGUAAGUCGUGUUGAGAGACGAGAAAAGAGGCAAGACCUUUGAAAAGACAGUGGUUUUGGGGCUGGCAGGACAUCAAAUGGCAAAAUUGUGUUUAGAAAAAACUUUAAAAGCUGCGGGGACUGGGAAGUGAAGAGAAAAAAAAAAUAAAACCUGGUUAGAAAAAUUGGGCAAACUACAGUGCAGACAUGAGAAAGUAGAGCUUUAAAAAGGAGUGAUGAGUUCUAAUCUUCUCUCUCCUGAGGGCAUUUUUUGGAAACCUCCAUCAUCAGGCUGGGCAGGACUCAUUUGUCCUUUUUUCCCUCCCAUCCUUCCUCCUUCUCCCUUCUGUCUGUGUUCACCUUACACCGCAGUAGAGUGUAACGAGCGCCACGUGAAGAAGACUACAGGUUGAGGAGUGAGGGACGGGGAGCUGCAGAUCAAGGAGAGGAGAGACUGCCACCCACCUCACCUCACACACUGGAAUUUGGAGUCCCUGCGCAGCCCACAGAGAAGGCAGUGUGAGGGGACGGGCCGGGGUCUGAGCAGCUCCACGACCAUCUUUGCCUGUGAAGUGUUGCUGAAAGCUGCUCCGCUCUGCACCGCCUGCAUGUCCCAGCUCCCGUCUGCCACAGCUGAGCUACAAAGAGACCGACACUGGGAGGGACCUCUACAGUCAUGAGUCUUUCCCUUGUGUGCGCUCCACUGCGUUAACUCUUGAGGUCUGCUGUGCUUUUGGGCCAAAUCUGCAGUCCACCAUGAGGGUGAAGAGAUGAGCCUGCAGCAAGCAGCCCUGUCCCUGCUGUCCCUGCUACUGGACGUUUAAUGAAACCCAGGACCCAGAAUAAAAUGACCCUGUCUCCCAGAUAGCACCUCUGAGGACCGGGCCUUCACAGCACAGAUUGUGCACCAUGGCAGGAGAGACUCAGCGAAUGCAUGCCGUCAAAGAGCUGGAUGCUGAGUCCAAACAGGAGGAUGACGGGACGGCGCUGGAACAGCAGAGUGACAAAACCACAAAGGAAUCUUUCGAGCACUUUUCAAGCACAAGCACUGAGGCCAAACUCAGCGGAGGGGCCACAGGCAAAAAACUAGAGAAGGAGAGAGACUGUCCUCAGCAGCGUGAAGCUGUCAUCCGGCCGCAGCAGGCAGGGAAGAUUGACUUCAAAUCACUGCAGAACAGAUCAAAAUUUGCCACUGACAGGACUUGGUCAAGCGGGAAAGGCAGUCCCCAGUCACCCAGUGGAAAGGGUCGAAGCCGAGAGAAGGGGAAGCGGUCAGGAAAAGCAGAGCGCAGCAACCCGCAGCAGCUGGACAGACUAAGCGUUACAAAUCCACGCACUGUUGGCAUUGCCUACCCACAACAGAAGGUUUUGCCACCCAAGAAGUUGGAAACCAGUCGUGGCCCAGUCUCUGGCAGCUUCAGAUUUUACAUUUCCAGUGUGCCAGAGAGACAGGUUGAACUCCAGCAAGAGGAGCUGAAUUAUAGCCACUGCUUCCAAGAGACUCCUCAAAACAGUACCUCCCCGAGCUAUACCUCACAGGCACUGGGUUCCUCGAGUGGAACGUCGUCCAAUCACCACCCGUCCCUGUCACAGCAGCAGCAGCCAGCGUCAAUGGAGAGCAACAGCAUCCAGCCGAGCAACCAGCUGAUUCUCUCUGACUAUCAGCUGAGUGGAUCAAAUGCAUUGCAGUCUCCUGAAAGGACUUUUAAUGGUGCUAACUUUGGACUUUCUUCACAAAAAGCUGCUGCACAUCCAGAAGCCAGCAAGGCAAGUGCAUUUGCACCUGUCCCAUUUCAGUAUGGAUAUCAUUUACCUGAAGAAUCCACCCCCGCUGCUUUUCCCUGUGAACAAAACCCUCAAUCUCACGACUUCCCCAGCUCCUCAAUGGGCCAUGUUCUCUACCACAACUCCUUCGUCUUUACACCUGGAGAGGGGCAAACUAUCGCUCACAGCAGCGCACAGUUCAGCACUGAUCCGCAGCCAGAGAACAGAAACUCCUACUCCCACCUCCCGCAGUCACAAUUUAUUCAAGGAAUGGCAUCAUCCAUUCAGUGUCCCAGGAAUCUGAGUGAAGACUCAGCCAGCAGUGACAGCUUGGGCUCCAGCUCGCAGCCAUCAGAACAGGGGAAGACACUCCCGCCUGAAAGCAGAGACACCAUUCUACAGGCAGACAGCCAGGAUGCAGCCAUCACCUCAGGGAGUAAGAGAAACUGUCAUCCCAAAGACGCAGCUGCCAGCCAAAGAACACCCACUGAAGGAGGUGUACAUUUAGGAAGUAUCUCCCAGAGUCCAGGCUCCCCGAUGCACUUUCACAACAGAACAUUUAACAAUCCUCCAGUUAGCAGCAUUUGUACAGGGUCAGUGCCUUUUGAUAAAAGCAUCAAGGUUUUGAAUAGGUUAACUUCACACUCGUGGGAGGGAAUAAAUAAGUCGUACUCUUCAGCUGAUCAGAACACCCCCCAGUACACAGACAUGAGUGAGAAGUUCUCCUUUCAGAACAUGUCGACCAUCGAACAAAGGCCAAAUUCAUCUAAAAGCAGCAGAACGCUGUGGCAGCAAAUACGGCUGCCGUCCGCCAUGACCAACACCAACAGAGUAGAACUGUCAAGGCAGGUGAGCAAUCAGAAACUGGCUUACAUCGUUUCCCCCUCUGACUGGCAGGACGAGAGUAAAUCACAUAAGACCUUAAAAAAGCCCGGCCCUUUUCAGACCAGCAGAGGCAGUGAAGGGUUUUCCAGCCAAAGACAGGAAAAUGUAAAACACAGUAACACCAGCACAUCAUUUAAAGUAGAGAUGGGGCAUCCACAAGUAUGUGAGUCCAAGAGCAAGACUGUUUACUUUGGACAUAAUCAGUCCAUUUCACGAGUGCCAUCACGGAACUUCAGCUACCCGCAGUUACAAGUCUCCCCUAUGGGGCUGAUGAUGGUGUCGCCCUAUGAAUCUCCUUUACCCUCCCCAAUACAAAACCCCUCCUCCAGUAGCACCUGCUCCUCUCUUUCUCCAGCCUCCACAAGCCCAGUUAACAUCAGCUCUGAGGACAGCCUCAUGUCAAAGUCAGCACCCUCUCACUCAUUUUAUCAUCAGAGUAAAACUCACCUACACUCAGAUCACCUGAGCGCACAGUCUCAUCAGUUUCAUUCUGAUGCUCCUCAAACCCUUCCUUAUGCACCAGACAGAGCCAAAGACGAUGCCAUCGGCUAUCCGCAGCACAGCGCGCUUCCAAAGACAUCUAUAGAUGCCAGCAAAGGCUACAUGGAUAGCUUUGGGAUGGAGCAUCAUCAGCCUCCACCGCCGUACUCUGCACAUCAGCUGUUGGCCAGCUCACUGGCCACUGCAAAUCUUGACCAGCUGGACGUGCUCCUGACCUGCAAACAAUGUGAUCAGAAUUUUACCAACCUGGCGUCAUUUUUGGGACACAAGCAAUACUGUGCCCAGCACACAUUUGCACAAACCGACCUCAAAGAUGUGUCAAAGAUGGAGGACGGCAAGAAGUUCCACACGGAAGCCGUUAAAGCAGCCGUGUCAAACGCUUCACCCGCACGCUGCCCGUCUGACCUUCACCUCUCCUUGCUGGGCCUGAACAAGAAUGGAGAGCUGAUGUCAGACAGUGACAACAAAGGAGACAAUAAAGACGAUCCACUGAAGCUCAGUUUGUUCUCCAGCUCUGGAAACCUACCUGUUCCUCUGCCAGAGCUGGAAAUGGAGGAUCCCAAGUUAGACAGCCUGAUUACAGAGGCGUUGAACGGACUAGGAUAUCAAUCUGACAAUGCAGAGAUAGACAGCAGCUUUAUUGAUGCCUUUGUUGAUGAUGAGCUCACCACUGUGAAAACAUCAUCAAACAAACAAUCUCUGAAAGCAAAGGAGGCCCUAGUAUUUGAGAGCACAAAUAAACAAGCAGUUGAAGACAAAUCCUUCACACAAGGAAAGUAUUUUUAUGGCACUGAUUUGGAGAGCCAUGACAAAACGUCCAUGAAAGUGGAGAAAGAUGCUAAAACGAAUGAUAAAAAAGAUAUGUCUUAUAAGAAUUCGAGGAAAAAGACAUGGGAACCAGAGAGCAAAGUAAAGAAGGCAAAAAAACUGUGCAAGAGUGAAGAGGAGAACGCCGGCACGCAGCGGUUUCUUCUAUCUAGCAAGUUCUCAGAGCGCUGCGGUGUGAAAAGCUUUCAGGAAAACUCCACGCUGCGAGGGUCAGCAGCACCUUCACAGCCUUCCACGUCUCCGACCUCAAGAGCAAGAGAAAGCAGGAAGAAGAGCGCCGGAGGAGGCACCUGGAGCAAAGAACUCAUUCAGAAAAUUGUUCAACAGAAAAACAAACUCCACAAGCUCCACGUCAAAGGAACCAAAAACCUCCAGUUCUCCCUGGUGAUGGAGAGACUCACUCCCACUGUGCAAAACCCGGCCUUCGGAGAGUACGACUAUGUGUCAGACUCGGAUGAUGAAUGUGGGCCCGUAAAGAUAGCAAGCCAAGGCCGACUUAAUCAAAGCAGUCGCUGUAAAUACACAUACACGAAAGAGUGCAAAUGGCGGGCAAGGAGCGAAAGGGACCAGGCAGCGUGGAGACACGAGUCAAAGGAGUGCUUUGAGAUGAAAAAAAGUGAAGAGUUGGCUCUCUCGCCUGAAAAACACGGUCCUCAGCAAAGACUGAGGAGAAGAGGAAGCAGGUCAUCCACAAGCAGCGAGUUAAGCACUUCUGUAAGCGUUUCGAGCGACGGCACCUACAGCCCCAAAAGCACUGAGCGGACGGACUCUGACAGCGAGAAGAGGUUAGACAAAAAGAACGCCUGUCUAGAGCAUCGACCCCGCGACACUUCCUCGCCACAGAAGGUUUUCAAAGAGUCCAGCACACUUGCACUGACAUUCACCAAAUCUGUCAAGAAGUAUAACACAGAUAAAGUCAUUAAUCCUGAUAGCAGCAGUACGGAGCAUCAAAAAAAGCAUCAUUCAACAGCAGAAGCUGCUGAUCCCGUGCCUUCUUUGCAAAAAGCAAGAGAUCAAGAUAAAAGAGUAGACUCUCACAUGAAAUACAGAGAGAAACUAGCCUAUAAACAGGAAGCAGUCUCAGCUGUUGAUUCAGACAAACACACCUCACAGAAAACACACAAUAUGUGCUCCAAAGAAGAACCGGCACUGUGUUGUAGCACAAAAAAGACACCACAGUUUGACUCACACACCCUCCCCAAAGAGGCUGAUUUCAUUACUGACAGGAAAACAAAAGGCGAGGGAGAAGAGGGGCCCCGAGCCAUGCCGCCUGAGCUAUCAGCCCCCACCACCUUGGAGAAACAGAGUGACAGUGUCUGCAUGGUGAAAGAGACUGUUACUCAAGUCAAUGACCUAGACACACACAAGCCUGGGUCUCUUUGCCAAUCUUUGAUGGAUGAGGUGUGCCUCUCCCCACCUGAAAGCCAAAGCCCAUUGAUACAAAAAGAUUCCCUCCACCUCAUGCCCUACCCUUUGGACCAAGAGCAGGGACUCAUGAAAUCCCCACUUUCAUUUGACACCUCAUCAAUGUUUGGGGACCUCGCGGGAUUCGACAGUGGUCUCUACUCUGAGAUGCCCAUUCAGAAAGAGGCCUUUCAUUCAAUGGAGAACACACCGGAUAAAAAAGAAGAGUUUGAAUCCACUUUUUCAAAUUUCCUGGAGCAAAGAGACUGGAACUUGAUGGUUAAUCCAGUGUUGUCACACGAGAUAUCGCAUUAUAAAAUCAGUUCUGAGAAAUUAAAUGUGAAGAAGCCAGAUUAUGGUGCUGAUUCUUUGUCCCUGUCUGAGAAAAUAAUGGACUACAACACAAACCAUUGUGCUUCAGAAGACGAACUUGAGAUAAAGAGAAUAGUUACUGAGCUGGAAAACCAGCUGCAGACAACCAAGCUGGAAAGCCCGCCCCUCCUCACCGAGGACGUCCCAAAGCAGCUGCAGAUGAGCAAAUUCUCCCCUUUACGACUUGGCGACGAGUGUGAGAGCAAAGGUGAUGGUUUGAAGUGUUCGGACCAAGCGAUGGAUGCACCAAGGAUGCUGCCAGAGCCAUUCAGUGAGCCAGCACUACCAUGGACCAGUCCAUUCCAGUUUGAGCUAGUGGCUGACCACCAUGGCCCCCACACUCCGAUUCACAACGACCCAGCUGCACUUGAAAGCCAACAGCAUCAUCCUGACCAAAUGUCAGGGAAGAAAAGUGCAGAGAAAGAGGCUCCGCUGGAAACAAAAGAACAGAUUUUAGAACAGAGGAGAUACACCGAAAACCUCAUGAAAAGCCUAGAGGUGAUUUCUGGCUCUAUAUUUAAAGAAGAACCUGUUAUAUCAGAACACAAGGAGCCAAAUGCCAACUCUCUCACAAGUCAACAGUGUGAAGAAACUGAAUGUCAAGCCACUGAUGCAGCUGAGAGAGGGGAUCGCUGCGAAAAGGAAGCAAUUACCGUAAAGGAGAAUAUUUCAUCACAUCCAAAUAUCAAUGAGCGGAAGGAUGAAAUUGAAUUCAUUCUCAAUGAGUCACAGCCUUCCCUCUCAAACAAGACUGACCCUUCAGUCAGUGGCAACCAGCCAAUUUCACCGCAGCCAAGUGAACCCACGACGAACGAGAAUUACAAAGCAGAGACUAAAAUCGCUUCAGAGGAGGAUAUCUCCACCAGCAGACUUUUGACUGAUUCCGCUCACCCCUCAAGUGCGAUGUCACAUGACUCACCCAGAGCGGAGAAACCACGCAGCAAUGCAGAUGACAAUGUAAAUCAGCAGAGUGAAAACAACAGUGGAGAAUAUUCACUUUCGGAAGCUGAGCCGGUGAAGGCAAUCGCUCAGCAAUCUGAGGGUCACUCUCCAUCCACAGCUGUAGCUGACCCCACUUCAGGCAUUGUCAAGAAAAUGGAACAACAAUCAGCUAAUGGAAAUCCUGAAGACAUCAGCUUGACUCAUGCUGAUAAAUUACUAGUGGAAGGCUCAGACAGUGGAGUUCAGGAAACAACAGUUGAAACAUUAAAUCAAGAUGAUUCAAUUAAAUGUGCUCUCUCUAAAAACUGCAGCCCUUCCAACAUUUACUGUACGGCGGAUGUGCAUGAGCGGGCAGUUAGCACAGAAAAGCCCUGUAGCCCAAUAACGAUGCAAGCCAGUACGCAGAGCUGCUGCUCACCUCUCCAUGACACUCAAUCUACAGAGAGCCAAAGCAAUCUGUUGAUCCUGUCACAGUCUGAUGGCAUCAUUAACAGCAACCCCUGCCAAAUGGCUCCAUUUAAUGAGUCAUUAAAAAGCGAAACAAGCCUCAUCUUUGAGACGCGGAAGCGAGAAGAGAUGCUGAAUGUUCAAGUCAUCAAAGAGCAGCUUCCUGUUGAUUUCAUGGCAAGUCAGCAGAACUCACCGUGCAGAGAGGACGCAGAGGAAAGCCACUGUGUUUUUGUAGACACUGCCUCACCGGUGAGCCCUCUUUUAUCAACGCCUCCCGAAGGAGCUGAGCAGACAUAUGCAGCAAAAGAGGAGUCAAAAAAGGAAUGUAUUGAUCAAGGCUCAAGUCAGAAAGUGGCGUCCCCUGUGACGAACGAUGAAAAUCAAAAUGCCAAAGAGGAUGUGGACAGAGAUCAUUUCAAUACACCAGCAGAUAUGAACUUUUCUCUGUUGAGCGCACCACAGCUCGACUUAAAGCUCAUGAACUGUAAGAUACUCAGCUCUGAAACGACCGUCUCUUCUCCACUUCCUGUGAGAAUCUCAGCAAAUAAUCUUGGAAAAAGUGACCUUAUAUAUGAUUUAAAGCUCAGCCCUCUCAACUACAACAGCCUCCCUGAUGAACCUCCACGAUACGACUACAUCCCAAUAUCACCUGCCAGUAAACCUGAGGAAAACCCAGAUGCCAAGAUCUCCAAAGAUGAAUGUGCGUCAUACACGCCGAGUGUCAACCCUGUGAUGAUUGCUAAUAAAACCAGCCCGUUGUCAGUGAGCUCAGAUCCUGCAACGGGUAAUCUGCUGGUCCUCCAGGAGGAAGGGAAGCUAGCGUGUUUUUCAGCAAGUGUCCUGAAUGAAAUAAAAAAAGCAGAAAUGUCUGCUUAUAACAUAAAGACAGGAAUGUGUGUUUUUCAGGAUCCAAUUGGACCUGAUGAGCAUGCAGACAAAACAGAGAACUUAAACUCCCAAGAGGAACCCGCUGAAGACAGAACUCCCCUCAAAAAAAGCUAUUCAGAUGGUCCGCCCACUCCUAAACCCCUCAUCAUCUGUGAAAACAAACAAACCCCCCCUCCACCAGACUCAUCGGAGAAGCUACCAACAGUAGAUGCUGGCCAAUGUUCAGCGGUUCACCAAACACAGAAAGAGACGCCACAAAAGAAGACGCCGAGCAACGCUCAACAGGGUAAAGAGCUGUGUGACAUUUGUUUUAUGUGCUUCAGAACCGUCCCGGGCUUAAAAAGACAUAAGGCCAUGAAGCAUUUAGUCAGAGCUGAAAAACAUGUCGGCUCGCAGAGCACAACACCAAGCCAACAACACGGGACUGCAUUUAUUUAUGAGCCACUGCAAAGUGCAGAAAAGAAACUUAAAGAUGAUUCACUGACUUUUUCCCCAGCAAAAAAAGAUGGGCAGCCCGGGAUAAGUAGUUCUAUCUUAUCUAAAACAGCAGAGAUGGAGUCGGUCCCGGAGGAAAUGACAACUGAGACGAGUGGGGUGGCGAUGAACGAGACGACCAUUCAAACCCCCCCACUGCCGACGAAGGCAAAAAAGAACAGCAAAGCACGGAAAAGCAAGAACAGCGAUGGAAAUUCUGACCCUUUCUCUGACGAGCUUCUGAAAAUAAUAAAAACAGACAUUCUUCAAGCAAUAACUCCAGAAUUCAAAAGCAGCACAAUGCAAGAGUGCAGUAAAUCCGCAGAGAUUAAAGUCAAGCAGAGAGCUGUUGCUGAAACGGAGGAAAUGCCUCACCACGUCACUUCAGACUCUGCUUGUGAAAACACACAGCGAUCUUCAGAGGGAGAGCAAGCUGUGCUUAGUGACACUGUUGAGCUAAAUGAGAUUGCUGACACAGAGGUGGUGAAACAUGUAAGCACGACAAAAGCGCAUUCAGAAGUGUGCCCAGAUAAUAAGAUGAAAAGUGUGUCUUUGUGGGAGAAGGAGACUGACAAAGAAUGUGAGGAGUCCAAAAAGACUCAGCACGUUGUGGAUGAGAUGAGUGAUCUGGAGAGAUCAGACGGCCUUGCAGGGGAGAUUCUUAGAAAAGUGUCAGCAGAUGUAAAAUGUGAGGGAAACAAAAGCCCUUCAGACAAUCUUCAUCCUCUCUCCUGUCUGAAUUCCUCCCCUGUCAGUCCACCCAGCGUUACCCCCGACCUGAGGGCCUUACUCGACGACGACGCCGUGUUCUUGCAGCUGUUCCCCAGAGAUGAUGAGACGAAGAGGAAAAAGUGCCAGAGAGUGUACACCAAGAAAAACAAAAGGCAAAAGUUGUCCCCUCCUGCAGACGUAGCUCAUGAUUACCCCCCUCCUGAAAGCUUCUUGCAAAGUAAAGAUGGAGGGGAGACCUUUUCUGACAACCAGCCCAACCACUGCGAAUAUGAGACCAUCUCUAUUGAUGACGCCAUCAUGCUGAACAUGUGCCACAAGAGCACUCUAAAGGCUGACGGCAAACCAUUAGCUGAGAGGAAUCAAAGUCAUCAGGAUGAACUUCGUAAGGAGCUAAGUGGUGAUUCCUUGGAUCAAAGCACCACAGAUAAAUGUGCAGGGUCCAGAGCCAUCGCUGGCUUUGAGACGUCCUCAUCUGUGACCUCUGAACCUAACGUCUGUAAAUCAGAGGAUUUAGCUCCUCCCUUCCCACUGCCAAAUGCUGGAUAUCCUGUGCAGCCAGGCGUUACGGACAGCAGUGAAACCUUCCACAGCAUCGAUAUUCAAAACAUCAACACCACAUUUCAGCUUCCCGAGAUCCAGUUCUUUGAUUCUGAUAAAGAUGUCCUAGUCUCUCCUCCUGUUGAGACGUUAGAGUCAGAGAGUAGAGACGAUGAAAAGUCAAAGAAAGUGACUGAGCGGCGCGGCAGGAAAAGACAAGAUGCGGGAAUGAAAGUCAAAGAUAAGCAGUACAAGUGUAAAGUGUGCUUCACCUGGUUCCUCACCCUGGGAGAACUGAACUUUCACAAGCUGUCUCACAACCCUUCUCCACCUCCAACCUGCUACAUGUGCGUCCAGCGCAAGUUCAGUUCCCGAGAGCAGCUCCGAGACCAUCUGAGGGAGAAGCACGCCAAGAACAAGACCGGUAUCUGGACCUGCGGAAUGUGUCUGAAGGAAAUAUCCGACGUGUGGAUGUACAACGAGCACCUGCGAGAGCACGCCACUCAGUUUGCCCGGAAAGGUCAGACUCAAGGUUCAAUGUUAGGCAUUCCGGGCUCCUUCAUGCAAGAGACGGCAGUCAAGAACUUUAUCUCCUCGAUUAUGCAGCACCGACACAGCAAAACCAACAGAGAGCCUAAAGAGCAGCAACAAGCCACCGCUGGAGAGACCGCCAUGGGAGACGGGAGGACUUCAGAGGGUGCUGAGCUAAAACUGCACAAAACUAAAAGCAGCAGUGGAAAGGGAAGCACACUGACCUCGCUUGAGGUUCUCCACAAAACAGAAACGACCAAAAAUGUGGAGAUGCACCCCAACUGCAAGGACCCAUCAAGAGACUGCCACCACUGCGGGAAACAGUUUCCCAAACCGUUCAAACUCCAGAGACAUUUAGUGGUGCACAAUCUGGAGAGGAUUUUCCUGUGCCACAAAUGCCCGGUCUCUUAUCAGGAGGCCCAGGAGCUCAAAGAGCAUUUGAAGAGAGCUCACGAGGAGGCAGAGGAGUUUGAAUCCAAACACACCACCCUUUACACGUGUGAGCUCUGCGCUGAUGUCAUGCACGUGAUCAAAAAGUCCUUCAUCUGCAGCACCUGCAACUAUACUUUCUCCAAGAAGGAGCAGUUCGAUCGUCACAUGGAGAAGCACCUGUCAGGAGGGAACCAAAUUUUCAAAUUCCGUGGUGUUCUUAGACCUGUCACACCGUCUGCGUCCAACGAAAAUGAAUGUGAUUCACCUGCAAGCAAGAAAAGGAGAAUUCUCUCUGACAGUCUGCCAGAAAAUAGCUCAGACAGCGGCAUUGCUAGUGUGAGUUCACUGCACUUAAGUCAGAGCGCUGACACACAACUCUCUAAACCCUCUUUGGCCACAGCAGACGAUUCCACUCAGACCGCUGUAAACCAAUACCCCAAUGACACAAACAGCACAAACGUCAAGACCGAGGACGUUGUUGAGGACAGCUCCGGACCUCUUGAGGAGCAGGAGAGAACGAGCGCCCCUGAGUUCACCACACCCAAGAAAGAGGAGAGUGAUCCCACUCCUUCACCUGAUGUGUGCAAGGAGAAUAUUGGGAAAUCAAUCACAGAACCAUGUGACGUGAAAGAGGAGAAUGAGUCGGUCUGUAUACGAGCAGAAACAACUUCAUCUGUAGUGAACGCGGAGGAGGAGAUGGUUAAAGCUACAGAAGGUGACACUACUGAACAUGAAGGGAAAACUGCCUCUCCUGCAGCAGCAACUGAGGACGCUUUUGUCAGCUCAAGGCAAAGUCACAUCCCUUCAAAGACACCAGAGCCUGCCAAGCAUGAAUUAGUUGCAGAUCAGACAAACUGUCUGGAUGGUGGUGAGCAGUGGAGUCCUUCGUCUGAUUACAAGAGUAAAAGGCGGGAAUCGGGCGUCGAGCAGGAAAUUAGCGGUCAGAACAAAGACGACGCCAGAUCAGCUGCAACGAUGGACAACAUUACAAACGUCACAGCGGCGAGCGGAACAAAGGCUCCAGAGUCAACACAAGUCCUCACCUCCAAGAUUUCCCCCAACGAUUCCACCACAAACGAGGACAAGGACUCUGUGAAACAACAAAAGAAAAGAAAGGACACAAAGUCCCCACACACUUCACAGCGGGGUUCCCCUCCGGCCACACAGGAGAACUUCGGCGUGGAUUCCAAGGUCAAAAAGAAGUUUCGCCCAAGCAAGUGUGCAAACUCCUGCCUUCAAAGAAAGCCGGACGGAGGCAACGAGUACCCAGUGCUGUCCUCAGUACGGGACGACGUUGUGAGUAACAAAAUAGUUUCCAAGUGCAAGACUGUGAACCUGACCUUACAGUCGAAAAGGACUAUGCUGGAGAGCUGCGCGCAGAAGAAGACUGAGGUUGUUGCCCCCCAAAUUGGGGAUUUUAAAACCAAAAAAGGACCUCAGGGGAGGUCCAUGCAUCCUAAAGUGUCUUCAGUUCCUAUGAACAAUCCUCUAAACAAGUCAAGGCCAAAGCUGGGUGUUAGGACGAUGGAGAGUCACUCGUACCGGACAGCGGAGUCCCAGAACUUCCUUCUGAGUCAGCUGUUUGGACAAAAACUCACUAGUUUCAAGAUUCCUUUGAGGAAGGACGCAUCCGAAUCUAUUAACUGAGGGGGGGUGGGGGCUAUAAGGGAUCUGUGAAUAAGAGACUAUAUAUUUUCACACUUAUAAAUGUUAAAGGCAAUUCAUUAUGGUGAAUACAAUUGCACAGCUCUUUUCUGUGAAAUGCUAUCUUUAAAUACGUAACAUAGUCACUUUAUGUCUUCUUUGUACUUGUGUUCUUACACAAAUGUGAGGACGCACGGCUGGUAUUAACUUUGGGUCAAACAUGAAAUUACUAGUUCGGGAUAAUAUUGAACUUUUUAUAGGUUAUGUUCCAAUAAUGUAAAGGAGGGAAAAAAUAAUACUUGAAAACCCCAGAAAUAAUAUUAUUAUUUUUGAGAAAUGCAUGUUUAUUUUGCAUUUGUUAUCUGACGUUUUUUUUUUUUUUUUUAUAUAUUUUGUUUUUUAUUUCUGCACGAGACAUCACAACUGACCCUGACUAUUGUCUGUGCACCUUUCAUCCAUGCUUUCAGUUAAAAAAUGAAAAAAAAAAAAAAAACUUUACUGUACUGCAUUGACUUCCAUCAAUAUUAGUCUUUUCUAACGUCAUCUGGUGCUACAUCAUGUUGAAAUGUAAUGUGAAUGCUAUUGUUCUGAGAAAGGAAACAUGAGACCUUGUAGCAGUUACAGUUACAUACAUCUUCGGGUGCUCUGGACUUUAUUGAACAUACUGUGUAAACCAUCCAACUCAGUCCUCUGCAGGCUGACAGAACUCAUAAUUAGGAAAGCUUCCAUUGUAUAAACUCAGGUGCACACAUGGACAUGACAGUACCGAGACCUGUAUUUGGAGUUCUUCCCAUGCACUGAUAAUACCACACACAAAUUAAUAACUCAUUCAUCUGUGUCUGUAGCUCCAAAUGUUUAAUGAUGAAUAUUAUUUACUAGAACAACAAAGGUGCUUUAUCUUGUUUAUACUGUACGUACCUUAUAAUGUAUAAUAUUGUAGGUAGAUAAUUGUUUGGUGUCAUGCUUUAAUGUCAAAGUUUUAUUUUAAAUAAUGUGCAAAAUGAAUCAGAUUUUAAAAAAAAAAAUGAAAGAAUGAAAGGGAAACACGAUGUCUAUUGCAAGUUAUAAAGUGUUCCACUAAGUGCCUCUUUUAUGGUCGGUCAUUAAAGAUCUGUAUUGGUC